AAGAAGGGGAAAUUUGAGCCAUAUUCUGUGCCACUAGUGAGAGUGUGACUCUGGUCUCAGCAAGUGGAACACACAUUCGUGCAACUCCUUGGUGUUCAUUGGACCUUUUCCAUCUUUGGAGCAACAAAGUUUGUGACUCGUGACAAGUCAGAUAACAUUUAUAAUGGAUCAUCUGAAACCAGCCCCGAAAAGAAACUCUGUAUUCUGAAAAGAACGUCAACCAGGCCAUUCCAAAAGUACAACAUUAUUGUCACCUUUUCUCAAGAUUGAGUUGAACCAACACCUGAACCCACUUGGUCCCAACUCAAGAUGGGUCAAGAGAUCCCAUCUGGCUUGAGAAGAAACACUUGAAGCCGCAAGCAACUUGGCUCAACUUCAGCACUUACUUUUAUUUAGCUCUCCUUACAAACCCAACCACCCAACCACGCAACCAUCUACCAACCAACCAACCAGAGUCGGUGGACGCAUCUUGAACGUUCUCUUUGGGGAUUCCGGAAGGGGAAAAGAAGCGAAAGAAGGAGGAAAAAUACUUAUUUUCAAGCUCAUUAGUUCUACCAACCCAAAAUUCAAGUUUGGGACUGCCCUCGAGGCAAGUGUUUGUGGGACCGUGUCAAAACUGUCGCCUCUCAACGUGAAUUUUAGAGCAUUACAAGUGGUGCUUAUAUAUUUUUCUGACAACGACUAUUCCUCCACUUGUUAAGUGUUCCAGAAAAACACAUAGUGACAGCAAUAAAUUUCCACGAUUAAUUGGUGCAUGUAAGAGAAGAAAGGGUUGGUUUGUUGGAUUAAACUGGUACAGAGGCAGGCUUGGUGGGUUGGUUGAUUGCUUGCUUGCCUGCUCACUCGCACAUUCUCGCACUAUACGUAGAGGACUAGAGAAGCAAGUAGCAAGUACUAGCUGGCUACCUUGUCCACACAGUGCUCCAUUGUCCACAAAGAAGGGCCUCCAAAGAAAACUUCAUCCGCCAUUCAUUCACUGAGGAGGAGUGUGCGAGUGUGUUCUGCUGGCUCGUACGGUUUGGAACUUGGACCUGGAACUUGGAAACAGAAUUGUUCCUGCACAUGAAUAUUUGAUUUCUCGAAGAGCCAAAAGAACCCCGAGAUAUUAACCUCCGAGAGUCCCGAACACGAAGAAGACCUCGAACUCCUUCGGUCCAAGAAAACGAAUUACACGAACAACAACUCCCUCCUCCUUCAAGACUUCAAAUCAACCUGACACUCGUGGCAGCUUUGGAAUUGAAUAACGAACAACUUGGUGCACAAGUCCUAACUCUUCAAUCCCUCAAGUCAGAUCUGCUGCAAUGCACAUUCCGAAACUCGGGCACCCUCACUAAUAACAGUGAAAAUUGGUAGAGCUCUCUCUCUCCUGGCAAACAUCAACCAAGGCUUUUUUUCCUCCCCCGCGAAACCACUUUCAAGAAAAGCUUGGGAUAUUGCUUCAUCGACUCCUUUCAAGUUCCAACGUUAGAGGAGAAAAGUGUUGUGAAGUGUCUUCUUCGUCCUUUCGUUCCCAACUCGUGGAACCGCGAAGAAGAAAAAAUGACCUUCGCCACCAUGGGGACUGUUUUUGGUCCAAACAAAGCGAGCAUGACCAGCUGUGGGCCCCGGAAUCACCAAGGAAGGGUCCCUUUGGGGUUGGUUCAUCUGGUUUUUCUCCUUCUCAUCUCGAGUGUUUCCUCUGGAACAGGCGGUUUCGAGGCUCAGAAUCACCAUGUCCAUCCUCGAUAUAACCCUCAGGAUCAUCGACCAACAGCGUUCCAGCACCAGCACCAGCAGCAGCAGCAGCAGCAGCAGCAACAACAACAACAACAACAACAACAACAUCAACGAUUGCAAGAGCAAGAGCAUUCAAUAGCUGGCCAGGGAUUCGAAGGUGGUCUUCGUCAGUCCAGACAAGAUUCGCCCUUGUUUCCGCGGAACAAAAGAAAAGCAGCCUCCUCGCCUCGAGCAAAAACGGAACGCGAGCAACCACCAUAUAAUUUUUAUGGGCAACCAUUUUUUGCCAAAACCCAAACAGAUGUUCUCGUCCAAGAGGGCAGUCACGCCUUCUUUCAUUGUAUCGUUCACAAUCUCGGGAAUCAAACCGUGUCUUGGGUGAGAAAUACGGACUCUCACAUUUUGUACAUUGGUCGGGAUCGAUUUGUCCACGAGAACCGUUAUGAGCUCAUCCUGGCUCGCCAUGGGAGUUGGACUCUCAAGUUGAAAUAUGUCUCGGCUCGGGAUGCUGGUCGAUUUGAGUGCCAGGUGUCCACUGUGCCUAAAAUUAGUCAGACAUAUGCACUGAAGGUCGUGGUACCAUCUGUGAAGAUCUUGGGCGACCGUGAGGUCCAUGUGAAGUCUGGGACCUCGGUGAGUCUACGGUGCCUGAUCUCAAACGUUCUGGAAGAGCCCAGCUAUGUGUUUUGGUACAAAGAGGAUAAAAGGCUGCUCUCGGCGGAUGACGGGAACAUCACAAUCACGACCAAGCGAAUCAUCGGCGAUGGGGCGGCCGUGUCGUCGUUGACCAUUGAACACCCUGAUCCCACUCAUUCCGGGAUCUACUCGUGUCGACCCGCCAACCUUGAGCGGGCAUUUGUCAGUCUUCACGUCAUACAAGAUGAGAAGCCUGCAGCUAUGCAGCACGAGAAGCAAGCGGUAGCGGCCGUGGCCGAGGCCUCAGCUUCUGGUGGGCCUUCAAAGGCCUCACUCAGCUCCAAGUCGAUACUUACAUUCGCAAUAAUUCAUUGGCUCCUGGGCGGCCAUUGUUAUUGUUAAAAGUUCAUGUCCAAUAAAUAAAGAAUAUGAUCAUCAAAGAAUAAAUUCAUUACGUUUUUAUGA